AAUUUCUGGCAUCUGAACUCAAAAUGUAAAUAAAUAAAGAGUCAAAAAAUUAUUAUUUUUUUUUACAGAACAUGGUACAUUUUGUAAUUUUCAUUACUCUGUAUAAUAUAAAUGUAACUACGAAUGAAAAACAUUUCUUAGUUCAUGUGAAUAUGUAGAAUAACUUUUUUUGAUAUCUAUAAUUACCCGUUAAAAAUGAUUUAUUUUAGUUUUUACAUUCAAAAAAUAUACUAAGUUGUUCCGCUCAGACUAAUUUUAUGACUGUGAUAAUGUGAGAUUUUUAUUUUUAAAGAAGGAUAAUCAUGUCAAUUGUAUAUUUGUUGUUCUUAUUAAUAUUUUUACAAGAAAACACAGUAUGCAAUUGCAAAAAUGAAUGCCCUAAAAAAUGUGAGUGUCUUGAUACUUAUGUAGAUUGUAGCGGAAAAAAGUUAAACAAAUUUCCUGAACCUUUACCUCUAUGGACGGAAUCAUUAGAUUUAAGCUCCAAUAAAAUUAGUGGGAUUAUUAAAAUAACGAUUGAUAGCUACUUUCGUCUAUUAAAUUUAAAAUUGAAUAAAAAUUCAAUUAUCACCUUUCCAUUCUUUAUGAAUAAAACAAGGAUCAAUAUCCUCAAUUUAGCACAUAACAAAAUUGAUAAAUUAGAUUAUGAAACACUGAAAAACUUACCAAAUUUAACAACUUUAGAUUUGAAUCAAAAUAAGUUAACAGUUUUGAAUAACAAUAUUUUCCCAUCUUCCAAUCAGUUACGGGCACUCAAUCUAAACAACAAUUAUAUAUCAAGUAUUAAUGUAAACACAUUUGACUCAUUAGUACAUCUGUUAGAGUUAAAGUUAUCCCACAAUAAAUUGAAAAAUUUACCAAUUGGACUAUUCAAAAAAUUAGAUAAUUUGUUGUUUUUAGAUUUAAGUAAAAAUCAUAUAACAGUUAUAGAAGGGUUAUUAUUCAAAGAUUUAGGAAAUCUUAAAACCGUUAUUUUACGACAGAACAAUAUUGAAGAUUUAUUGGAUGGAUCGUUUUAUGGUUUAUCAAGUUUAAAAGCUUUACACUUAGAAAGUAAUAGUUUAAGCAAAGUUUCCAAAGGAUGGCUUUAUGGACUUAAUUCACUUGUCUAUUUAAAUAUUAGUCACAAUAAAAUAGACGAAUUAAAAAAUGGAUGGGAGUAUUGUCCUACAUUGGAAGAGCUAGAUCUAUCAAACAACAAGUUACAAUCUAUUGAAGAGAAUAGUUUAGAAAAUUUAGGGAAAUUACAAAAGUUAUAUUUGGAUAUCAACAGAAUAUCUUUUAUUGAAGAAGGCUCUUUUAACAAUACACCAUCUUUGCAAAUGUUAAAUAUGGAUAAUAAUCAUUUAGCUUGGAUGGUUGAAGAUGUUAGAGGACCCUUUAAUGGACUUAAAUACUUGAAAAAAUUAAGUUUAGCUGCAAACAAUAUAUUGUACAUUAAAAAAGAUGCUUUUUAUGGUUUGGAAAAUCUGAUUGAAUUAAAUUUACUUCACAAUAAUAUUGUGGAAAUUCAAGAAAGUUCUUUUAAAUAUUUGCCUCGUCUUGUUUAUUUAUAUCUCAACACAUCAUCUCUUGUAUGUGACUGUUCAUUGUUAUGGCUCAAACAACCUUCGAUUAAUGAACCAUUAUCAAUAAAUUUUAUCAAUGCUUUUUGUGGAUUUCCUGAAAAAAAUAAAGGGAAAAGCUUAGGUCAAAUACCAGUGACUGACUUUUUAUGUUUAAGUGAAAGUCCAAAACCAUCAGUUGUGCUUCAUCCAGAAUCAAAGAUGGCCCUAGAAGGCCAAAAUAUUACUUUGAAAUGUGGAGUGAACUCAUCUUCAUCAGAAAAAAUGCAUUUUAUUUGGAAAAAAGAUAAUCAUGAUUUAGAUUCUUUGUCUAUUAAUCAUUUUCAUUAUUCUUCUUUUGAAUACAAUGGAGUUACUCAAUAUUCUAUUCUUACUUUAACAAAUAUUUCUAUGUCUCAAAGUGGGAAAUAUCAAUGUGUUGCAUCUAAUGAAUUUGGAAUUGCAUAUUCAAAUCGUUCUUUGUUAUCAAUUGUUGUAUUUCCAUUUUUUAUCAAAGUACCUGAUAAUAGUUCAGUUAAAACGGGUUGUAUUGCUAGAUUAGAAUGUGCAGCAAAUGGCUAUCCUAUUCCACAAAUAUCAUGGCAAAAAGAUGGCGGAAAUGAUUUUCCUGCAGCUCAGGAGCGUCGUAUGAAAGUUAUGGCCAAAGAUGAUGUGUUUUUCAUUGUUGAUGUUAAAUUAGUUGACAUGGGUGUGUACAGUUGCACAGCUAAAAAUAUAGCUGGAACAACUGCAGCAAAUGCAACAUUAACAGUUCUAGAACCUCCAUCAUUUGGAAGUAUAAUGUAUGAUAAACGAGUGAAAGUUGGAGAAGAAAUAGUUUUAGAAUGUUUCAGCAAAGGAUCUCCAAAACCAAAAAUAAAAUGGAUGAAAAAUGGAAUUUCCCUCAAUUCAAGUAACAGGCAUUUUUUCACUGCCGAUGAUCAACUCUUAGUUAUUAUGGAAACAAAUGUAGAAGAUUCUGGUAAUUAUCAAUGCGAAAUAGCAAAUUCCUUAGGGAUAAAAAUACAAGAAGCUGAAAUUAUAAUUAUGCCUUAUUAUCGAAGUUUAAUCCAUGACUAUGCUCUUGGAUUGGUUAUUAUUGCAGUAAUUGUGUGUAUUGUUAUUACUUCUGCUAUUUGGGUACUAUUCAUUUAUCGUACUAGACGCUCAUCCAGCUUAAUAAAUAAUAGUUCUGACAACAAAUCAAUUAACUCUAUGAAUAGCAAAGAUAGUGGCACAGGUGAAUCACCAAAAAGAAGUGAAGAACAACUUUACACAGAAUGUUUAAAUUCAUGUUCCAAAUCGAAUAAUGGUAAAAGCGACUUAACUCCUGAAAUAACGAUACCAUUAUUACCUAGUGGUACCGUUGUAUUGGGUGAUAAUUCAGUUAAAUACUGCACGAAUAAUGAAUUAGCCAUGCCUGUGCAAUUACCAAUUCAAGAAUGUAAUCAUGAUGAUCGUAAAUGUGGCAAAAUUUAUUGUUUUAAUACUUCACCAAAUCGUCCAUGUUCUAUUCCUAUUUAUCCUGCUAAUGCACCUCAGUAUUCUUCAUCAUUCGUUCAACAACCAAAUUCUUAUGUUUGUCUAUAUGUUCCAACAGAAAAAAACUAAGUAAUAUUGUUCUUACGUAAUAUAGUUUAUAAUUUAUUAUUGCUGACUAGUAUUAUAACAAAUAUUUUUAAAUUACUAUAUUUUAUCCUAUUUAAAGUAACUUAAAUAUGUAUAGUAUCGAAAUGGUUCCUGUUUUAUAUAUUUUUUUAAACGUAUUUUUUAUAUAAUUUUUGUAUUAUUAUUUGUAUUGAACAAAUAAGUAUUCAUUAACUUUUUUUUUUAUGGAAGCAUAUUUUUUUUUUUUUUUUUUUUGGUCCUAUAAAUAUACAUUUUAUUAAGUGUUAAUCAUUAAUUGAAUUUAUUUCUAAAAAAAUCCCAUGUUAUUUAAAAGUUCUUAAAUUUUCAGUAUUUUAUUGUUAUCCCUCAAAUUGUUUUAAUUAGUUAAUUAAUUUGCUUCAAAAACUGAUAACAAAAUAUGUUCAUAAAAAUUUUUUUAAUUGACGUUAUUACUAGAUGCACUAUUCAGUAAUUUAUUUUUUUAUUUUUUUAUAGCCUAAAAUAUAUUGUUAAGUA